AAAGUCAAAACUGAAACUUCACUCUAGUUUCACUUUCACAAAAAAUAAGAUUAUGUUGCAAGUUGCAAUUUACAAUAAAAAAGUAUUAGUGAAUAAUAAAAUAUUGUUACUUAUUUGCGAUGACUGAAUAGAUAAGUAAUAAACAUGUUUAGAAUGUUUAAUAAGAACAUUUUUUAUAGAACGACAUUGCGUCUGACACCAGCGGUCGUAAUUCCAUUUUUUAAACAAAAUAACGAAAAUGAUUACAAUUUGCUUGAAAAAUCUGAUCAAGAAGCCCCAAUAACUGGAUGGGAAAGAGUUAAGCGCAUGUAUAGUAAAAAUGAAUAUGAAGAGUUUUCUAUAGAAAUACACAAUAUAGCACAAGCAUCUAUGAGUGGCAUUUUUUUUGGCGCCUGCUAUGGAGGUUUUAUCAAAUCCAGGGAUGCUUAUCUUUAUUUUAUAGAAAAUAAUCAAGCUGCGGUAUUUAAUUCUACGUUUCAGGCGAAGGUAAAUUUUGAAAUAAUUCUACUAUAUUGCAGCUUAAUUGCAACAACUAUAUCAGUUUAUAGAGAUAAGAAUUCAGUAAUAGAGUAUAUGAUAGCAGGUGCAGUUACAGGAGCAGUUUAUAAAGCAAAUUUAGGCUUAGCUGCAAGUCUCGUAGGAGCUGGAUUGGGAACUGCUUUAAGUUUGGUUGGUGGCCUAGCUAUCAUAGGCUUGUUGAAGAUUAGUGGUGUAACAAUGAAUGACAUUAGGCAAUCUCUGUACAAAAUCAAGCAAUCAAGAGAACAAGUGUAUAAUGAAUGUUUAGAAGCCAGUGCCAAGGAGAAAAAUGAUGAUCUAACAAAACACCAUGAUGUGUUAAUUGUUGAAAAAGGUAUCAAGAAAAUAGAAGAGAUUGUCUAGACAACAAAUAAUAAUUAAUAUUUAUAUUGUAGUGUACAAAAUGUAAAUAAAUAUGCAAA